UAGAGGAGAGGGAGACAGAAAGAGAGAAGGAAAGAGAGAAAUCAGAGAUAGAUAGAGAGAGAGAGAGACAGUGAGAGGUGGAGGAGAAAAAAACAGAUGACACAGCUGGUGUCUGAGGAGAGGAUAAAAAGUGGAGCUGCUUACACCAAUAACUGCAAAGUGGAUUAACUUUGGACACACAUGAUUUUCUCAGUGCAAAACAAAGUAAGUUGCUCAACAAUCCUUUGUCCUCCAAGACUUGUUAAUGUGUUAAGAUUCAGGAUUAGAGGGAUAAGUAGAGGUUAAAGUAAACCGGUCAGUAUGGCAGUAGCUAACCCAUGCUUCCAGAAGGAAGGGUAUGAAGUUAAGAACAAGAGGAGGGGGCGAUGGAGGGAGAGGGUGAGCCAGAGGGCAAACUUGGAGGUGAAUGGGGAAGAUGGAGAAGAGGUGGAGGAGGGUGAUGGGGAGGAAAUGGAGGAGGAUACAGGCAGUGAGGAAGUGAGAGAGGAGGCAAAUGAAGCAGGUAGGAAUGGAGAAGAAGAAGGGGGAAAAGAAGGGAAGAAGGUAAAGAUGGAGGCAAUAGUAAAUGAGAAGGAGAAAGGGGAGGGGGGAGACAAGGGAGUGAAGACAGUUAAGGAAAAGCAGGUGGAUUCAGAGGAGGAGAGUGAGGUGUCAGAGGCUGAAGAAAUUGAGACAAAGAGUGAGGAGGUCGAGCAGGAGGAUGGAGAGGAAGCCAGAGAAAAUGAGGCAGAGAUUGAGGUUUGGGUGGACAGGGUCGAGAGGGAGGUUGGAGGGAGUCAGGAAGGGCUUGAUAAAGAGCUAUGGGAGGAAGAAGGGGAAAUGGAGGAAGAGGUAGAGAUGAAUGUGGACAAGGAAGAAGAAGAGGAGGAGACAAUAGAGGGAGAGCAGGAAGAAGAUGACCCAAAUGAGCAAAAUGUAGAAGACAGUGCAGCUCAAAGAGAUGAAACAGUAGAUGAAGAAAACCUUUUAGAUUCAGCAAAAUCUGAUCAUGAGGCUUUUGACUGGAGAUCUGAGGGUGACAGUGAUGAUUCUGAAAGUGAUGAUGAUGAUCAUGAAGAAGAAGAAAAAGCUUCAGAGAAACAGAGCGAUGACCUGAAGGAACUGGACGAUUUGCAGGAACACAGUACAAAUGAAAGCAGUAUCCGAGAAGCAUGGACUUCCACUGAGGAAGAUGUGAGUGAGAAGCUGCUGGAUGAGGAAGAAACAGUGACAAGAUCAUGUUCAACGCAUGAAGAACACUUUCUGGACUAUCAGGAGGAAGAGGAAGACUCUACAGAUGAUGAGGAAGCAGAACAUUCAUUGUAUGAAGACGUGGAUUGUAGUGACGAAGGUGCCAUGAUGAAGAUAUUCCAUGAAGAUGAUUAUCCCACGGAUAUAUUCCGGACUUUGACAGAGUUCAAGGACUCUUUCCUUCUCACUGACCUAAUUUUUAGCACAAAUGACGGGAAGACUUUCCAAGUACACUCCCUCGUUCUGGCAGCUGUCAGCUCCCUCAUCUGGGAAACUCUGAGUAGAGGCAAUAUGGAAACUGAUAACGUUGAUGGCAUAAAAGCCAGGGAUACAAUUAGUGUUGGAAUCAACAGGUGGUCUCUCUGUCUGGGCCCAGAGGUGGACCAUGUUGGGUUGGAGGCAAUUGUGGAAUUUGCCUAUUCUGGACAUGUAUCUCAACUAAACAAGGACACCAUGGAACAGAUAAAGGCUGCAGCUCAAGCACUUGGUGCCCACAGGGUGAUGGACCUCUGUCCUGAAGAAGGGUCCACACAUACUGGAGAGAAGAAGAAAGAAAAAAGAAUCUCUGCUGCGGAACAAAUGAGGAUCAGCCUUCAGUCCAUCAGACAGAUGUGGAUGGACGGGGUAGGCUGCGAUGUUAUUUUGGACGGUAUCGGGAAAUCACUUCAUGUCCACAGAAUCAUCCUUGCAGCAAGCAGUGACUAUUUCCGUGGCAUGUUCACCUUGGGAAUGAAGGAGUCCUACCAGCCUCGCAUAAACCUGCCCUUCUUGUUGGCUUCCGAGCUGGAGACUCUGAUUGGCUGCUCCUAUAGUGGGGCUUUGUCCCUCAGCUGGAGGUGUGUCUUUGAGCUCACCAGCACUGCUCUCCAGCUCCAAUAUCAACCAGCCCUCUCCUUAUGUCUCAGCUUCCUGCAAAAGGAAAUCAAUCCCCAAUCCUGCCUGGAUGUGGCAUCUUUUGCCGCAGCUUAUGAGAUGGCACACUUACUCGAAGUUGCGGACGAUUAUGUGUUGCGACAAUUCCAAAAGGUUGCGUGCACCUUGAAGUUCAAGGAUCUGCCAGCCCGACAACUUCUUAAGUACUUGAACAGUCGCUCACUCUGUGUCCAAUCCGAGCUUGUUGUAUUCAAAGCAGUGGUAGCAUGGAUUCAAGCUAAGCCCAAGACAAGGAUUAGACUUACCAAGGAAUUAAUGAAAACAAUCAAUUUUCCCCUAAUGACAUUCAAGGAAUUCAAUGAGGUGCACUCUUUGAACAUGUGGUCAGAGCACAGCCUAGAUGAACUCUACAAAACAAUUUUUGAGAAUUUCUGUUCCUAUGAGACUGCACCACAUAGCCAAUACCGCAUCUAUCUCCCAAAAGAGAGUCUGGUGUUGAUUGGAGGUGACCAGAUCACUGAAGACUUCGGAAGGCGAACAAUCAGUAGGGAACUCUGGUUUGGGAAUUCCCUUAGGAACCAUACAGGAGUAAAAAAGGCCAUGGAGUGGAGAAGGUUGGGAGAAAUGCCAGAACCAGCUAGGUUCAGUCAUGAGGUGGCGGUGAUCAAAGGACAACUGUAUGUGUUUGGGGGAAAGAAGUAUUACGGCCUUGGUGACACACUGAAUUCUGUUUUAAGGUACAACCCCAAUGAAAGCAGCUGGGAGAGUCUUCCUGAAAUGCAGGAGAAGAGAUGCUUUUUCUCUGUGGUUGUGCUGGAUGGACAGAUAUACGCCAUUGGUGGCCACUGUGAGCCAGAGUAUAGGGAUAGUGUGGAAAGAUACUGCCCUGCUACAAACUCUUGGAGCUUCACCCGGCCUUUGGACCUACCUCUGACUGGACAUGUGGCAAAGGUUUCACAGGGGCAGAUCUUCAUCUCAGGAGGGGUGAACGAUGACUACAGGUGUCUUGCAACCAUGUUUCGUUACCAUCCAGAAACAGGAAGCACACACCUCGCAAACAUGACAAGACCUCGGGCUUAUCACUGCAUGGAGGCGCUGGGUGACUGCCUUUAUGUCGCAGGUGGAAACACCAUCGACGACCACAUGACUGUUGUGGACCAGCUCACCUGUGAAGUGUACAGUCCAGCCGUGAACACGUGGACCGCCUUCAUGUCUCUGCCGGUGCCACAUGUCGGAGCAGGAAGUGCAGUUUUGGAGGGAAAGUUUUACGUGUUGGGUGGAUACAGCCAGGAAGAUUACAGCGACACUAAAAUGGUGCACCGCUACGACCCUACCACACAGAGAUGGGAGAACAUUGGCAAGAUGCCUGGGCCGAACAAUGACAUUCGAGCAUGUGUGCUGUCCCUGCCGGAGCAUUUAAGAUUGUAAGAGCUGUUCUCAUAAAAUAUCUGUACUAUUGAGUUCAGAUCAUAGACAAGGAUUUUUCUAUUUUUUUAUGAGGCAAGGCACAUUUUUGAACAAUUGCAGACAGUGACUACUUUAUAUAAGAUGGAUAUAGUCUUCCAUUUUGAAAACUAAAGAGCAGGAAGUUGGACGGAAGUAGUAGUUAGCCACCAGUUUGACUCCUCAGUUUGAAUGGAAGCUUCUACUUUUCGUUAUUCAAUUGUAACAACAGUAUACAUUUUCCAGAGGAGUAAAUGGUCUUGAAUACCAGUUUUACAUCUGUGAAUUUCUGGUUUCAAAAACUGCCUGUCGAAUUGUCCCGAGUCCCGAGGCCUCCCGAUGGGAGUUCAUUUUGCAACAUUUUGCAUUUUCCAGACUGUUACUGUUUGUAUAAACAUCAGACAGAAGAGAGUGAUUCAUACAUGUUCACAACAGUUGGACUAUUUCUGGAAUAUUUAAGCAAGGAGUGGUGCCUGGGUUGAGGAAGAAGAUUCGCCCAUAAAUGACUUCGAAUUUUGAUAUUUUCCCAUAGUAUUCUUAUGUGUGUUUCACUGGGAAAUUUGCCUGACAUUUGAGGAGGUGACCAGCAUGAUAGUUUACGGAAAAUAUCCAGACAAAACAUCUACGGUGAGAUACAGUGUGUCAACUAUUGCUUGAUUAUAACAUGCAGUUAUGAAUUUCAGGCUUACUGCUAGGAUGAGUAUUAAGAAUUCACUGCCACAAUUGAUAUUGUUGUUUAUUUUAGCUUUGCUAGAGUUUUCAAACCAUUUCCUAAUGAUUGCAUCAGGUAAUGUAGGUGUUUAACUUGAGCGUUGUCGACACCAAAUUAUAGUCUAUGUUGAUAAAUAAGAGUAUCGGUAUCAAUUAUCAGUACCUAUAUAAGUAUCGGUAUGGAUAUAAUCCUAAUGAUACCCAUCCCUACUCGGUGCAUAAUAUUACAAGAUUAAAUCGUUGUAAUAUCAUAUUUAACAACCAAAUGAUGUGUAUCUUGGAAAAUGAAUUGUAUACUGGAUUGACUUGAGAGGCGCCUUUAGCUGUGCCAAAUGAUAGAAUAUAAAUAUAUUGUGAUUUUUAGUGCUUUAUGUGAAUUGAAAAGGUGUUGGAAUAAAAGUGCUAAAUAACUCUU